AGCACACGCAAGGUGGCUCUCGGCGCAGGCGGCCACGCCGAGCUGUCGCCUAGCUGCCACCGCGCGCGCACUCCCAGAUGGCGGCGCCGCAGAGUGUGGCGCCGCCGCCUCACGGCGGUGGCCCUUCGCCGCAGCUCUUCGGCCUCCCUGCGCGGCCGCCGGCCCCGGGCACGCCCAGCAGCGAGGCCUCGGGCCCCGCGCCUGCGGCCCACCGCGCCGCGCGGGGCGGCGGGCCGCCGGAGGCCCCGGCUCCGCCGCUGGCGCUGGUGACCCAGGUGAACACCGACACGCCGACGGUGAGCAGCGGGGAGCAGACGGCGGGCAGCAGCUCCUCCCGCCGAGCCGCCGCUGCGCGCGACAGCGACAGCGACGAGGGCGCGCAGGAGGGCACCCGCCGCCUGCUCGGCGCCCGGCUUUCGCUGCUCGCCCUGGCGCUGCUGGCGCUCGGUGGGCCCGCGGCGGACUACCUGGCCACGGCACGCCCGUGCUGGGGCGAUGGCCUGCGUGGCGGCCGCGACUAUUGGGCCAUCUCCUGGCCGUACUUCGCACUGGCCGCGCCCGCGUCCUUGGCCUUCGCGGCCUGGUGCGUCACCGUGCGCCGGCGCGCCCGCCCCGUGCCGCUGCACGCGUGGACUCAGCGCUUCGGGGCGUGCUCCACUGCUGCCGCGGUGGCCUGGCUCGCCCAGCCUGUCCUGUACCCAGGGUGCCACGGCGCGGCGGGCGCGGUGUGGCGCGCAGCGUGCACCGCGCUGACCUACGGGGCCUACCUCGCGACUAUGGUUCUCCCGUUCCACAUCAUCAUACUGAGGCUCCGCACGCUGCGGCGCCUCUGGACGGCGCGGAUGGCUCGGGCCAUGCUCCGCUUCGUCCUGGUGUGCUUGCUCAGCGCGGGUUUGGCCUGGUCCACACUCUUUGCCCUCGGCUGGCCAGGCCCAGACACCGGGCUCGUGCCUGCUGUGCUGCAUCAGGCUGCUCUUGUGGGGCUGCUGGUGGCCAUUUUCGGCGCGAUAACGAUUGCGUGCUGCGGGACCGUGGGCCUUCUGAUCACCGCCGCGCGCGCCGCUGACUCUGGAUACACAGAUCUGGAGGGGGAAGUGCGCUGGGUUCGCUUCACGGCCGCAUUGAUCGUGGCGGCCACACUGCUGCUGUGCGCGGAGGGCGUCCUCAACGUCUUAUCCACCAGCAACGCCUCCGAUGAUGGAUUGUGGUACGCCUGCGCCUGGGCUCACGCCAUCAACCACGCCUUCAAUUGUCUGCAGGUGGCCUGUCUCUCCGGCCUUUCUGGGCCGCGAUCGUUCCGGCGGUUGGCGGUGGACUCUUUCGAGAGGGUGAACCCUUAUAGCUCGGGCGAGCUGCAGCAGCGCUACCAGGAAUUUCUCAUUUACCUGGACGACGCCCAGAUCAAGUGGGUUCGAUGCCGUUAUCUCCGGCGACUGGCCGAAGCAGGCUCCACGAUGGUGCGUUGCCAGGAGGUGCCCGUUGCCGAGGCAGUCAUCGGCAGCGAGGGCUUGCCCCGUUCCAGGGACGAGCCCAAGCAUCGGUACGCGGUAUCGCACCCCUGGUUUUCAAAACACCAUCCCGACCCCGACGGGUUGAAGCUGCAGGACUUAGUUGAGCAGUUGGACCUGCUGAGCGCGUCCGACGAUGAUGCCGUAUUCAUAGAUUAUAUGGGGUUGCCGCAACACGACAUGCAGAACCAGGACUUGCAGCGCCUGGAGCUCGCUGGGGCGUGCCCGGAGCCUGGCAAGCACCCGGCUGUCCGCAGCGAGACCGAUGAGUUGCUAUUCAAGAAGGCGCUGGAUUCGAUGCAGGCGCUCUACAGUGUUGGGGGCGUUCCUGUGAUAAUAUUGCCUUUGGGAGUCAACAGGUCAGAGUCAAUAUGCUCAUCCCUACGUUCAUCCCUAUCACUGUCCUCCCGUGCUCAAACGCGCGCGCUCAGCAUGAGCAACGAGUACCUUUCACGAGGCUGGUGUUUCUUUGAGUUCUCCCUCGCCCUGGCGUACGGGAACAUCGCAAACUCGGUGACCAGCCCCAUUGUCAAGGGUCCGGGGAACCUGGUUUACACUGGCAAGAGGCUGAACGCAGACUCAGUGGAGGGGUUUCGCCAGGCAUUCAAGCGCACGCGUUUCACAUGUGAGGGUGACGAGACCUUAGUCCUCAGGCUGUUCGAGCAUACCCUGAAGCACAAGAAGACGUGGAUGUCGCAGGCGGCCCUGUCAAAGUGGGUAAUGUCUGUGCGGCUGGCAACGACCAGGCUGUGGCACAGGAAGCUUUGAUGAUUGGCGAUCCUGACUACUGUGCCUGCCUGUGCAUGCUGUUACGCUUGGUGAGCCUCGCAGAGGAUUUCUUGGCCGCCUCCGCUCCAGAAUGGGCUCGCUCACGCAGCACGUCUCAAAUAUAGCGCUCUUGUAUACGAAGACGCUUACCGCCGCCCCCUGCCUGUUGGAAUCGGCUAUGUGGGCGAUUGGAUCCUGUCGUCACGAGCCGACAAGAGCAACAUGGAUGCAGACAUGGUUAUUGCAGCCGUGUGGAAUCGUUAGCCUCUGCAGGUCCACUGCGACGGAGGAUAUGUUGGAACAGUCGGCUCUGCAUCCUUUGUGGUCCAUGUGGUGGAGCCGCGCACCGGAAAUAUAACAAGGGCUGGAUACAGAGGUCGUUUCAUGUUGUUUGCCGGAAGUUCUUUUGAGUUGACCGCGAUUGGCAAUGCAAGUUAUUCAGUUUGUAUGGGAAGCGAAGCGAAAAGCAGAGAGUUGACCUUUGAAGCGUCCAGUUAUCUCUCAGAGUAUGUGAUUGUUUCACCAUUGUGCUUGUGCAUCGCGACUCGGUCAGGGCAGCCAGAGCGGAAACAAAUCGUCCACGUGGCCGUGGCCGGAGCUUUGCCAAGCUAUCAGACCAUGUUUUCCCCCAGCCGUUGUGGAAGCUCUUCGGGAAACACGCAGGGGGGCGUGGAGGCAUGAGAGUGGACUUGAGCCCGUCGACAGUGUGCGGCAGUUCUGUCCCUCAGUUUUUUUUGGCGCGGCUCGGCUUUACACUUAUUGUCUUCUGGCGUGCUGUGCUGUGCGCAACUCGCUGAGCUCUGCUGCGAAAGUGUGAAAUUUCAAGUUGCCCUCGUAUGCGCAUCAGCUAGAGGCUGGACGCGUAUGUGUUUAUUUAAUGCAGCUUGAUGUGUUAUCUCGGAUUUGACAUGUUGUUCAUCCUCGCAUGUGUUCACUUCAAUUCGCGCAAGGUGCAUCAAGGUGCCUGCACUCGUGCUGCAAACUUGCAGCGGUGUACGCGUCGCAGACGCUAAUGCUCAUUGUAUCCAUAGUUUGUUGGACCGCUGCUUGCCACAGUUAUCUGACCCGCUGCUGCUCCUAACGUUUCACGUGUGCCCACGAGGUAGAACAAAAUCGACUCAUAUAAAUCUAUAGAUGUCUACCUGCACACGUUCAUACGUACACGUGCGCUCGCUUCUUCCAGCCAUCUCGGUCCCGCCGGCAGACGGUUGCGCGCCAUCAGGCUGUCCGCGC